AUGAGCUCAAAGCGAAGAGCUGCCGCGAGCGCAGGACCGUCACAAGCACUAGAGGGAACGGAAGGUCCGGCUUCAAAGCGGAGGAAAACACAGGUCAACGACGAGGAAACCCCAGAGGAGACUACCAAGCUUGGUCUUCGAUUCCUGGAUCAAAUCAAAAACGCCCGCGACAAAGGGGACCGCCUCAUAGCUACAUUUUUCUUGUUCCUACCUGACAGGAAGAAGACACCCAACUACUAUCAGAAAGUCGGUCUUCCUGUGGCUUUGGAUACAGUCGAGGCGAAAUUGAACAACAAUGAGUAUACUAAUAUGACUAGCUUGGAGGGGGAUCUCAGACGCAUGAUCAGUAAUGCCAAAGCCUACAACGAGAAGCGCUCCCAGGCCUUCUCCGACUCCGAAAAGAUACGCAAACAACUUCAAGUCUUCAUGCAAGAGAACAAUCCAGCCUACAAUGACCCAAGCUAUGUCCCUUAUAAUACCCCAAUUCCUCAAGGGUGGCAGGUUAAACAAGAAAAGCCGGAGGACACCCAUGAGCAGGAUGCGGAGGGUGAAACCGAUCCGGAGGUUGCCAAACCUCCUGAGAAGCGCACCCGGCUUGUCACACGUGUAGGCUCGUCUGCAGCAGCAAAUGACCGUAGAGCAAGCUCGACACCAGCAGUUCAGGAUGUUGAGGGUGCUUACGAAAGCUUCGACGGCAACACGUUUCAGCAGGCGCAAGAGAAGAUCGUGGGUGAGAUGAUCAAUCACACAGAUGCUGAGGAUCAAGCAAUCUUUGCACCUUUCAUCCAUCUUCCCCCUCGAACUCUUGUAGAUUAUUAUAAGGUCAUAAAGCACCCAGUCUCCCUCAAAAGCGUUCAAAAGCUUGUGCGAGGGAUCAAAGGUAGAGAACCGCCUACAGGGUCGACUUUCUUGAAGAGCUGGCACGCAUUUGAGGAAGAAGUCAGCUACAUAUGGAACAAUGCACGUGAUUACAACGAGGAUGGUAGCGACCUCUUUGUAUUGUCCGAGGAACUCGAGUCGUACUUCCAUACUCGAUUAGCAGAAGCGAAACGAUCUGUUGCAGAGCCUCCACAGCCAAAGGUCAAGCUUAGAAUGCCAGCCAAAUCUCCAGAACCACCAAAGAUCACCUUGAAGUUCGGCGGGCAGAAAGCGACUGGUUCUGCUUCAAUGUCGGUAGAUAAUGAGUCUCUCAAACGUCAACAGGAGCUCGUGCGAGCGGGCGUCAAUGGCUACGCGCCAGGCAAAGGAUCUAUACCAACUCCCGCCUCAAGUCGACUGUCUCACGAGAGAAGUGGAUCUGCUGAACACGCCAUGAGCGGCAUGAAGACCGAAACAGCCCAUGGUCAAUCGCCGGCACUCAAUGCGAUUCCAAAUGGAAGCAGCGAAGCUCGACAAAGCCCGAGUGCUUCAAAUUUGCAAAUGCCUCCUCCAAUGCAUGUGUCUUCUCGAAUGCCGAGUGAUAGCCCCAAUCCUCAUGCAACCCCAAGCGCCGUUGCUCCUACUAGCCAAGCUUCGAAUACGCCUUUCAAUUCACGGUUGAGGCAGCCAGGGAAAGAUGUUUCAGACGCACUCAUUGCGAAUCUCAACAUCUCCACACAUCCCGGUCUGAACAUCAAAGACCACCUCAGCCUCGACAUACCUGCAUCCCCCACUCAUACCCAGCAGUCCCGGACCAUUACUGUGCCAUAUACGCACUUUUUCCUGCGUAUCACGCCCACCGUCUCUUCGAGUCUCAUGCACCGGCCCAGCAAGACUAUCGUUUCAUGCGGGAACAAUAGACUGGAACCUACUCGACAAGCCGGAGAACCUGAUCCUAGACGUCCAGUCUAUGAGACGCGUCUCGUACCUGGCGUCAACUCUAUCGAAGUCGAAAUCAUUGCGGGUCCCCCAAGAGGUGCCCCAAAGGUUGGUUCUGGGCAGGAUAUCGAGUUUGAGAAGAUUACCGUUUUUGUUCACCUUCAGAAGAUGUCGUAA